AUGAGCUCCCUAAAACAGUUUAUCCGCAAUGUGCGUGCUGCCAAGACAAUCGCCGACGAACGAGCCGUUAUCCAGAAAGAAAGCGCUGCCAUUCGAGCAAGCUUUCGCGAGGAGAGCGCUGACCAUGGCAUUCGACGAAACAAUGUCGCGAAGCUGCUCUAUCUCUUCACACUCGGCGAGCGGACACACUUUGGCCAGAUCGAAUGCAUCAAGCUGCUGGCAUCACCCCGCUUCGCCGAUAAGCGACUAGGCCAUCUCGCGACCAGCUUACUUCUGGAUGAGAACCAAGAGGUUUUGACUCUAGUUACGAAUUCUCUGAAGAAUGAUCUUGGCCAUUCGAAUCAAUACAUUGUUGGCCUAGCGCUAUGCACUCUCGGAAACAUUGCGUCUAUCGAAAUGUCCAGAGAUCUAUUCCCUGAGAUCGAGAACUUGUUAUCGACCUCGAACCCAUAUAUUCGCCGCAAGGCUGCACUAUGUGCCAUGAGAAUAUGCCGAAAAGUGCCCGAUCUCCAAGAACACUUUUUGGAAAAGGCCACUCAAUUGCUUUCCGACAGAAACCAUGGAGUCCUUCUUUGUGGCUUGACUUUGGUGACUAGCCUUUGCGAGGCUGAUGAAGAAGAAGGCGGCGACGAAGGCAUCGUGGAGAAAUUCCGCUCUUUUGUCCCUGGUCUAGUCAAGAUCCUGAAGAGCCUGUCUACUUCAGGCUAUGCGCCGGAGCAUGAUGUCACAGGUAUCACAGACCCCUUCUUGCAGGUCAAGAUUCUUCGUCUCCUGAGAAUUCUUGCCAUGGGGGACCCUGAAACGAGCGAGCAUAUCAAUGAUAUUUUGGCACAAGUUGCUACUAAUACGGAUUCAUCCAAGAAUGUCGGAAAUUCCAUUCUCUACGAAGCAGUCAGAACCAUUCUCGAUAUUGAAGCCGACUCAGGAUUGCGCGUCCUUGGCGUCAAUAUUCUAGGAAAGUUUUUGACGAACCGCGACAACAAUAUCCGUUACGUUGCUCUCAACACCCUCAUUAGGGUUGUUGCAAUCGAACCAAAUGCUGUUCAGAGACACAGAAAUACGAUUUUGGAAUGCCUGAGAGAUCCAGACAUUAGCAUCCGGCGUAGAGCAUUGGAGCUGAGCUUCACUCUCAUUAACGAGAGCAAUGUUCGCGUCUUGAUCCGUGAGCUCCUCGCUUUCCUAGAGGUCGCUGAUAACGAAUUUAAGCCCACCAUGACGAGUCAAAUUGGUAUUGCGGCCGACAAAUUUGCUCCAAACAAAAGAUGGCAUUUCGAUACUAUGCUACGCGUUCUCUGCCUCGCUGGGAAUUUCGUCAAGGAGCAGAUCCUAUCCUCUUAUGUCCGCCUUAUCGCAACCACCCCUGAACUCCAGACCUACUCUGUACAGAAAUUGUACAUCAAUCUCAAGAAGGACAUUACCCAAGAGAGUCUGACACAAGCUGGUGCUUGGUGCAUUGGAGAGUAUGCCGAUGCACUGCUCAAAGGCGGUCAAUACGAAGAGGAGGAGCUUGUCCAAGAAGUCAGAGAGAGCGAGGUGAUUGAUCUGUUUGCUCUCAUUCUCGGCAGCAGUUACGCCAAUCAAGUCUCUACGGAAUACAUUGUCACAGCGCUCAUGAAGCUUACUACACGCUUUGCAGACGCAUCUCAAGUUGAGAGAGUGAGACGUAUUCUUCAGAAUCACCAAACGAGCUUGGAUGUCGAAGUGCAACAGCGAGCUGUCGAGUACAGCAAUUUAUUUGGAUUUGAUCAGAUUCGUCGCGGCGUUUUAGAAAAAAUGCCACCGCCGCAGAUCAAAGAAGAGUCGCGUGUCCUCGGCCCGGCACCGACAAAGAGAUCUAAGGCUGCUGCUAAUCGCAGAUCCAAGAUUGUCAAACCAUCAGAGCAAGAUCUCCUUGAUAUCAUGGAUACCCCUGCUACAACAAUGCCUCCCCCCACGGGUGGGCAAAGCUCUAACUCCGACCUUCUUGCGGAUAUCCUCGGCGGUGGCUCCAAUUUCGACUCUGCACCAACUCCGCCCGCGCAGUCAAACACCUCGUCCAUCAUGGAUCUAUUUGGCAGCGGGCCCGAGUCUUCGGCCCCAUCUGCGACCCCGUCGUCUUCAGGAUUGGAUAUGCUCUCCCAGCCCAGUAGCUCUAACCCCCAGGGAAGGUCGACAGGCAGCCAGGGCAUUGCCUGUUACAACGCGAAUGACCUCAAUGUCACAUUCCAGGUUCAGCGCAACACAGAAGGCAUGAUUCAAGCGACUGCAAAAUUCCAGAACUCGUCUGGCACAGCAACCAUGUCUAAUGUCGGCCUUCAAGCUGCUGUGCCCAAAUCUCAAAAGCUUCAGCUCCUCAGUAUAUCUUCCACAACCCUGUCACCUCGCGCUGAAGCUACUCAGAUGAUGAGAGUUUCCGGAUGCAAAGGACCCCUUCGUCUUCGUCUUCGAAUCAGCUACACACACCCAACUGCUGGUCAAAUGAUGGAGCAGGUCAAUUGGACAGAAUCCUAG